CCAAACUUGAUUCAAGUGUUCGACAGGAAGAUUUCCUGACAGUACAGACAAGCUCCUGUAUACAAGUUAAAACUUACUUGCAGUGCAACUACUAAACGCAAUAACCAUGGCAAAUAGUCAACAUAUGCUUACUUGCGAAGAAGUUUCAAGAUUAGACGAGGUUCUGGGAACCACAAUUUUGGUGCAUGGACGUGGAAAUUUUCCUACACUGGAGGUUAAACCGAAGUCUCUUAUUAGGCUGCUGCUGUCUCAGCUUGCAGAUCGAGAGAUCAUCGUACACGACGUUCGCUUAAAUGGCAGCACAGCAAGUUACGUUUUGAAUGUACAGGAGGACUGCAAUUCCAAUGAUUUGGCCUACAACGACCUUGAUUUGAUUUUCAAUGUUGAACUGAAGAGUCAGUCGCAUUUCCAUCAAGUGAAAUCAGCUGUACUUGAGUCACUGAAAGACUUUCUCCCGGAUGGGGUUUGCAAGGACAGGAUGGGUAGCUGUACCCUAAAAGAAGCUUACGUUAGAAAAAUGGUGAAAGUUACCAAUAAACCCGACAACUGGUCUCUGAUUGCACUUGCAAACAAAGAUGGACGAAAUAUCGAGCUUAAAUUUGUUGACAGCAUGAGAAGGCAGUUUGAAUUUUCCAUUGACUCAUUUCAAAUCAUUCUCGACUCUUUAUUGAAAUUCUAUGAUACAUCUGAUGUUGGAAUAACCCCAGAUUCGUAUCCAACAGUUAGUGCCGAGUCAGUAUAUGGCGAUUUUGAGGAGGCGAAGUACCAUUUGGUUGAGAGACUUAUUGCAACGAAAAACCCCGAAGAAAUUCGUGGAGGUGGGUUGCUCAAAUACUGCAGCUUACUUGUUAAGCAGUUUAAGCCUGUAAAUCCUGAUUUUAAAACGAUGGAAAAGUAUAUGUGCAGUCGAUUUUUUAUAGAUUUUAAGGACAUCUAUAGUCAGCAUCAAAAGCUUGAAAAUUAUCUGAACAGUCACUUCGUUCACCAAAAUGAUAAAAAAUGCGAAUAUUUACGAACCCUGUACAAAGUUGUUGAAAAAUCAACUGUUUGCCUGAUGUUGCACGAGAGGAACCAGACAUUGCAACUGAUUGCGAACAUGGCAAACAGCCUGCGGAGUCCACCGAAGUACCAACAAAUAACAGUGUUUUAUUCUGUACCAAAUUACAUGUAUGCCCCAGGUUGUGGAUCAAACAAUACAGCUACAUCCAAGGAGUAUGUUGUUCUUGGCAAAUGGGAGUCGAACCCAAACGAGGAGCCAAAAGCAGUCUCUUGUUACUGAGGAACACCCCUGCAAUUUUCGAGUGACAGUCUCUCCUACUGGUGAGGAGGACUCUGGCCAGGGAUUUUAGUAUACGUAACUUCUUGUGGGUCCAAGAUUAACUUCUAUUUUUGUUGACAUUGCUCUGUACGUAGUAUUUGACAUUGUAAAUAUUUCCAGAUAAAUAUCUACCAGAGCAUAUAAAAUUAUCAAUUAUUCGGCCUAAAUUUGUAGUUGUCACAGUUGCCUUUUUCUUAAUCUAGCUGGCUGACAAAAUUUUAUCCCGAUUUUGAGUAUUUAGGCAGUUUACCAUGAAAUCAAAAUUUGAUAAGAUAGAACGAAGAUAACUUGUUACUAUGCUUAAGCAUUCUAAAACAUUUGCAGCGCAGCAUAAAUACUCAAAUUCGCCUAUUUCUGUAAGUUGCUUCAACUUAUUGUCAAAUAAUUUUCUGUUGUGUUUUUUGAUUAGAAUGAUGUAAAUGCAGGGUUUUCCGCUUUAAUACGUGCUUGGUACACACAAUUUGAUAACAAUCUAGUAUUUUUACACAUGUGUCGUUGUAUUUUCAUAAAUAUUGAUAUUUUUAACUGUUCAGGUUAAGAAAGUUAAUUGAUGCUUCAGCAUGUAUUGUGAUAUAGAUUUAACGUUCCUUGGGGGAGUUAACCUUUGUCUUUAUUAAAGGACCAAACGAUCUUUGCGUUUUUGUCGAGUGCCAAGGGGAAUCACCUCUGACCACUCCGUCUUCAGUGUGUAGAAUUGGUUUCCAAGAAGAAGAAAUUUGGCCGUUCUUUCCUUGCUAAUUGUUUUGUUUCUUUACUACUUUGUGGUAGAAUUUCAGUAAAUGCGUCGAAAUAAUUUGGAGAGAAUGAUUUUAUUAAGCCUUGGGAUUCAA